AUGGUUAAAAGCUCUUCCUUGGUAUACCCUUUUUAUGCAGUCAAAUGCAGUGAUAGCAGAACCAUAGGGAAGACUCUAGUUGUCAUCGGGACGGGAUUUGACUAUGCCAGCAGGACUGAAAUACAAUUAGUGCAGAGUUUUGGGGUGCCUCCAGGGAGGAUUAUCAAUGCAAAUCCUCGUAAACAAGUGUUUCCGAUUAAAUAUGAUGCCACUAAUGGAAUCCAGAUGAUGACUUUUGAUAGUGAAGUUGAGUUGAUGAAAGUUGCCCGAGCACAUCCAAAGGCAAACUUCCACAUGGGAAGUGGCUGUACUGACCCUGAGAUCUUCAUGCAGGCCAUCUCUGAUGCCUCCUGUGUCUUUGACAUGGGAGCUGAGGUUGGUUUCAACAUGUAUCUGCGGGAUAUUGGAGGUGGCUUCCCUGGAUCUGAGUGUGCAAAGCUUAAAUUCGAGGAGAUGGCCUGUGUAAUCAAGCAAGUAUUUUCCAACAGACUCAGGAGUGACAUUCAUAGCUGAGCCAGGCAGAUACUAUGCUGCAUCAGCUUUCACGCUUGCAGUUAAUAUCAUUGCCAAAAAACUGGUAUUAAAGGAACAAACAGGUUCUGAUGAUGAUGAUGAGUUAAGUGAAAAAACCUUUAUGUAUUAUGUGAGUGAUAGAGUAUAUGGAUCAUUUAAUUGCAUCUUCUAUGAUCAUGUGCACGGGAAACACCUUCUGCAGAAGCAUCCCAAACCAGAUGAGAGGUAUUCUUCAUUUAGCAUGUGGGACCAACCUGUGA